AUGGAAAGCCAGCGCAUCUCCACCUACCGCAAGCGUUUCGGGACUCAGUCCAGUCCGGUGACCCCCAUCACCAGGACAUUCGGCCGCCUGUCCCUGCACGGCAGCCCACGCCACACCGCUUUGUCCAGUCCCGCCGCCCUGUCCAGUUUGUCCCGUCUGUCUCUGGGCGCUGACCGCCUGGACUUCUCGGUCGACUCGCUUCUGAAGGCUCAGUACCGCGAGACUCGCACCAAUGAGAAGGUCGAGCUGAUGGGCCUGAACGACCGCUUCGCUAGCUACAUCGAGAAGGUGCGCUUCCUGGAGCAGCAGAACAAGGUGCUGGUGGCCGAGCUGAAUCAGCUGCGCGGGAAGGAACCCAGCCGUCUGGGGGACAUCUACCAGGAGGAGCUGAAGGAGCUACGCAGGCAGGUGGACGGCCUGAACAACGCCAAAGCAAGGCUGGAGAUUGAGAAGGACAACUUGGGAGCAGAUGUGGCUACACUAAAGCAGAGACUCCAGGAUGAGAUAACCCAGCGACAAGAGGCAGAAAACAGCCUGAAUGGGUUUAGACAGGAUGUGGAUGAGGCGGCUCUGACCAGGGUGCAGCUGGAGCGGAAGAUUGAAGCGCAGCAGGAUGAGAUUAACUUCCUGAAGAAAGUCCACGAGGAGGAGAUGAGGGAGCUGCAGGAGCAGUUGAUGGCUCAGCAGGUACAUGUGGAUCUGGACGUGUCCAAACCGGACCUGACCGCAGCGCUGAGGGAGAUCAGGGUGCAGUACGAAUCCAUGGCUGCGUCCAACAUGCAGGAGACCGAGGAGUGGUACCGUUCCAAAUUUGCUGACCUGACUGAUGCAGCCAAUCGGAACGCAGAGGCUCUGAGACAGGCGAAGCAGGAAGCCAAUGAUUAUCGCAGACAGAUUCAGGUCCUCACGUGUGAUCUGGAGUCGAUGCGCGGAAGUAACGACUCUCUGGAACGCCAGCUGCGAGAGAUAGAGGAGCGUUUCUCCACUGAGACAGCGGCUUAUCAGGACACGGUGGCACGUCUAGAGGACGAGAUUCAGGCUCUGAAGGAGGAGAUGGCUCGACAUCUGCAGGAGUACCAGGAUUUACUCAAUGUGAAACUGGCCCUGGACAUAGAGAUCACCACCUACAGGAAGCUGCUGGAGGGCGAGGAGAGCAGGAUCACUGUUCCUGUGCAGAGUUUCGCCAACCUGCACUUUAGAGAAACCAGUAUAGACACUAAAGUUCCUCCUGAACCUUAUCUGAAGAGAAGCAUCGUCGUUCGAACUGUUGAAACACGUGAUGGAGAGAUCAUUAAGGAGUCGACCACUGAGAGAAAGGAGCUGCCAUAAUCUUUUCUGGACUUCACUGAUGAGUCCAAGUCUCUAGUUUCAGAUGCUGUUAUCUAGUGCUGCACCGUCCAGACAAAACAACAAUUUACUAUUACAGUUCCAGUGAUAAUUAUAAACAUGCUAAAAUGUAUUACAGACUAGAUUGU